AUGUUGACCUGUGACGGAGUCAUGACAGUUUAUGUGGACGGCGUUAAACAAAACAACAAAACAUCAGGCUACGAAACUGCCCAAAACUACACCAUUCCUACAGGCUCGACUGUCCUCGCUAUCCACUGUCAUAAACCUGGCGAAUCACCAAAAAUAUUAGGCACCAUCCACGUUUCCGUUGUAACCGGCAGCAAAGGCUGGUUAUGUACCGACCAGUAUUAUCCCGCGUGGAACUCCGCGCAAUUCGCGGACACUUCGUGGGCUCCCGCAGUGGCUUACUGGAGAAAUGAGUUGGAAAUCCCGUAUGGAAAAGUAGAGAAUAUUUCGAGCUCCGCCAAGUGGAUUGGAACCGUGAACGGCACAGAUUUGUAUUGUAGAUUUUCCUUAUGUCCUCAAAGAGGUAAUGUUUUAUUUAAGGAAGUUUUGCUCGUAAUUUGUAGAGCAGUGAAUUUCAUUAUUUCAUCUAAAGAAUACUUCCAAAGUUUCAAAGUUACCAAAAUCCAGUAUAAUCAUGAGCCCGCUCAUGUAUUUAACAAUUAUUCGCCGAAGGCGAGGUGAUUAUCGGGGAAUAUUCGCCGAGACGAAGUCGAGGUGAAUAUUCCCCGAUAAUCACAGAGCCUGAGGCGAAUAAUUGUUUUAGUAUUUUUGUGUUUUUGGGACUGAAUUUAUUUUAAUUUCGCUUAUUUCUUUAUCAGUAUAACGUCCACAAAAUGGCUAGCCGCCAUUUUGAAAAUUUCGGUUUUGUUAUAUUCACCUGUAGGUGAAUAUAACAGCUUAAUACGUCAAAUUUGACCAAUCAACUUGUAGGAUUUGUUCUGUUCACUUGUGCAAAAAUACUAAAUACCAACAUUCUCAAAUUUUGUCUGUAAACAAUCAUAAUUCAUUUCUUCAUUUCUAGCAUGUCUCACCAUUCGCACGACUCGCAUCGACAAUCACAAGCUAGUUGGUUUUCGUCUUCAUUCACUUCACGUCCAUCACGUCGCAGAAUGUGCCAUGAAGUGUCACGCUGUACACGAUCGCUGUCAAUCAUUCAACUACUACUCUACAUCACGGAUUUGUGAACUUAAUCAUUCAAUUGACUUGCUGAAACAUCUUAUAUCAGCUCCUGGCGUGACGUUUUACUACAGAAGCAACUGA